AUGGAUUAUAAAGAGGAGCAAACACAAGAACUUGAAGUAUUAAAAAGUAUAUAUCCGGACGAACUAGAGGAGAUUACCGAAGACGAAUUUCGAAUAAUACUUGAACCCGAAGAACAAGAAAUAGAUGCGCCAUUAACGGUAGCAUUACGUAUAAAAUUUACUCCAACAUAUCCAGAAAGUUCUCCUGAAAUAAACAUUGAUAUAAUCAAGGGCGAAUUAUCAGAUGUAGAGCAAGAAGAGUUUUUGAAUGGAUUGCUUAAAGUGGCAGAAAGUUCGCUCGGCAUGCCAAUAGGAUUCGAUUUGGUAACAUCGUUGAAGGAUAUGUUAACAUCUUAUGUUGUUGAAAACAAUGAAAGGCGGAAGCGGGAAACGGAAGAGAGACUUCAGCGAGAAAUUGAGGCCGAGCAAUCCAGGUUCCGUGGGACCAGAGUUACGGUAGCAUCAUUUCUAGAAUGGAAAGCACGAUUUGAUCAGGAAUUACUUGAAAAGGAAGAAGCAGCGAGAGGAAGCGCUAUAAUAAAACGCGAGGAAGCCAAGAAACAGAAACCGACAGGCCGACAGUUAUUCGAACAAGAUGAAACAUUGACCAGAUCGGAUAUGACAUUUGUUGAAGAGGGAGAUGUAGCCGUUGAC